CCCUGCGUCAACCAAUAGGGAAGAGCCUAAUUUACUGUACGUGUUACGUAGCUUGCUGCUAGCCUGCUAGCUAGCUAGUUGCUAACAAGGAAAACGAUGGAUUCUCCCAUACUGGAACCGUCCUUGUACACUGUCAAAGCAGUUCUGAUUCUGGACAACGAUGGAGACAGGCUUUAUGCCAAGUAUUAUGAUGAUACAUACCCGACAGUCAAGGAGCAGAAGGCAUUUGAGAAGAACAUAUUCAACAAAACACACAGGACAGACAGUGAGAUAGCAUUACUCGAAGGCCUUACUGUUGUCUACAAGAGCAACAUAGACCUCUUCUUUUAUGUGAUUGGAAGUUCCCAUGAAAAUGAGCUUAUGCUUAUGGCUGUUCUAAACUGCCUUUUUGAUUCGCUCAGUCAGAUGUUGAGAAAGAAUGUUGAGAGAAGGGCUUUGUUGGAGAAUAUGGAGGGACUCUUCCUGGCUGUGGAUGAAAUUGUAGAUGGAGGGGUGAUCCUGGAGAGUGACCCACAACAAGUUGUGCACCGUGUGGCUCUCAGAGGGGAUGAUGUGCCUUUGACAGAGCAAACAGUCACCCAGGUUCUUCAGUCUGCCAAAGAACAGAUCAAGUGGUCGCUUCUACGAUAGAAUCACCCGUGCCCCAGUCUACCAGUGAGCCGCUGUCCAGUAAAGUCUUUGUGGCACUGAUUCGCAUACUCCUUUUCCUCUGAUUUCAACUCCUUCAAUCAAAGCUGUGAGGAGUACCGCUGGCUGAUCCAGUCAACACUCCCAGGACUACUGCUUGACAAAGUUUCAGUCCCCAAUUUUUAAUUCUUUUUCCUCAGGCUUGCAUAUGUGACAUAAUCAACAUGAGCAUAAUAUAUGGUAUACAUUCCAGUACGAUUACUGGCCUGUUUUUUUUUUUUCUUUCCUUUUUUUUUUUUUUUUCAUUACGGCAUCUCGUUGUUUAUUAAACCAGCGUACCUGUCUAUGAAACAUUGAUAAACCUCAUCAUAGCCUGUGGCAACAUUCCAACUGUCUCCUUGAACAAGAAUUUUAUCCCGUUUGACAGCCCCCUGUCUUACUGUACAAAGUAUUGAGGCACUAUAUCAUUUAAUUUGCAUGAAUAUUGUGAUUAAAAAGUGUACAACUAGUACUGUAGUCAUACCACUGAUCACAGAGGUAUGUUUUGCAUAUAUUUUGUCUGGGAAUAUUCCAUUCGUCAGAUACUUAUAAUAAAUGUUUGUUGACACUGGUCUGUGAACAGCUGUGAUAUGUCUAUAUGUAGCAUGCAGUUUUCAACCGCAGUGGGUUGAAAACAUUGGUUUUAGGAAUGUGUAACUGUUGUGAACUAGCUUUCUUAGUAGUAAUAUGAUUUGUCAUACUUUUUAUGUCUGCAAAUGUAGCGGGCUUGUAAGAGAUAGUAUUUCCUUAUUUCAGAGCUGCCAUGCUGUGUGCUCUUUGUUCUUCAAGACUUCAGCUAGAGCCAGAGACACUAAAGCAAGGGCUCCAUCUCCUGGCAUCUGCAGCAAAGUGCGAGGCUGAGGUACAUAAAUACUGUAGACAAGAAGGUAAAGAGGGGCUAUGCCGCUUUGAUUAGGAGCUUACACUGUACUGUUGCUGUGACAUCAAAGAUACGUUUUAUGGAGUCAUACUUGAUUCAUUUCUGCUCUGUAGAGAGCAACUGUGUGCAGCAUGAAUUGUGUGCCUCAAUGUAUGCACCCCCAGCUUCACACACUAACCUCGUCUCAUUGUAAUGCAAAUGAAGGAUACACGAGAGAGAGAGAGCGAGAGAGAGAAAUGGAUGUGAGAAAGCGCACUACAUCAUGUUGGUACCUGAUAAAGAAGAAUAAUUAAUCUGUCUGCAUUCUUCCAGCUAGAUAUCCACAUAUGUUCUCAUGAUGAUCCGUUGAAGAUAUUUCUUGCUAGAAGAGAUUUGUGUUGGCUGUGCAGUAAUCUGAUCCAACCAUGCCUAAUUUGAACUACCUUAGGUAGCUGGUAUUGUUACAGAUGUGUCCCCUCCCUCCUUGUCUGUACUAUGAGACACCACCUCCUACUGUACUUUGCAUGCUGUGACGCGUCUGUUGGCCUGAGUCAAAGGUCAUUAAGCUACUGUUUGUAGCCUUUUCACAAACUGGCAUAAAAACAAGCUAGCCUUUUUCAGUUCUCUUCUAUAUCUAUGAGGCAUUUGGCCUAGACAUCAAAGUGAGAAGCAGAUAAAGUGAAUGUUCUUGAUGUAGAGAUGUAUAUGGCCAGGAGCAGUUUGUGGAAAGGAUCACAGAGUGGUAAUGUCGGAAUGUAAAUGACAGCAUUUCACCUCUGUUUUGCCAAACUGUAAAAGUCACACCUUUCACUGGCAAAUAAUCAGUUAAAUCUUGCGUUUAUUAGACCCCUCGGUGAAAUUUGAUGGGAGCUGCUUAUCUCAGUCAUAUAAAUGUUGGACAGAAAACAGCAGAAAUGUAAUGGAAUUUAAUGUGCACCUACUACUAGCGUUUGUGGAGUCAAAUUACAUUUUAGUUUUUCUGGGCCAGAUAUCAAUCAGCUCAGCAUUAAAGUACAUAACCAAUGCUC